AGAAACAGAAAAGAUCCCUGUAAUGCGUGGACAGUGGUUUAUUGAUGGGACUUGGCAACCUCUGGAGGAGGAGGAAAGUAACUUAAUAGAACAGGAGCAUCUCAACCGCUUCAAAGGCCAGCAGCUGCAGGAGAGCUUUGAUAUGGAAAUAUCCAAACCUGUUGAUGGGAAGGAGGCUAUUCACAGUCUCAAGCUGAGCCGUAACCACGUGGACUGGCACAGUGUGGAUGAAGUGUAUCUGUACAGUGAUGCCACCACUUCCAAAAUUGCAAGGACUGUUACACAAAAAUUGGGCUUUUCCAAAGCUUCAAGCAGUGGCACAAGGCUACAUAGAGGCUAUGUAGAAGAAGCCACAUUAGAAGACAAGCCACCCCAGACCAGUCACAUUGUGUUUGUUGUGCAUGGCAUUGGGCAGAAAAUGGACCAAGGCAGGAUCAUCAAAAACACAGCCAUGUGAGUGCUUUGGAAUGCCUGAAGCAGCCUCAGUUGUUGUGACAGCACAGCCUUUGGUUUGGGCUGAAUCUUUUCCUGUUUUCCUUCUCCUCCUCCUCUCCUGAGUCAUUGGUCUUUGUGCUGUGGGUACACUGUUUUUUGUGGUAUUUGGGAUGUACAGGCUUAGGGAGAGCAAAGGUUUAUUCUGAUUUUCUCACCAGCACUUGUUACUUUUGGGGAACUGGUCAAGAGGACACAGCCUCAAGUUGCCCCAGGGGAGGUUCAGCUUGGACAUCAGGAGGAAUUUCUUCAUGGAAAGGGUUGUUGAGGAUUGGUGUGCCCAUCCCUGGAGGUGCCCAGGGAAUUCCUGGAUGUGGCACUCAGAGCUCUGGGCUGGGGAUUGGGCACAGCUUGGUCUCUGUGACCUUGGAGAUCUUUUCCAGCCUGUGUGAAAUUCUGGCUCCUGUGGUUGGUGACUUUGCUGAGCAGGGAGAGAAAUCUUGACCAAAUUUCUCAUUUGGUCAAAAUCGAGGGGAAUGUUGUUUCUAAGUGGUACCUGGGUGGAUGAAGUGCAUCACAACUGGGAUGUAACUGAGCAGAACAUUUUGGAAUAAGUGGAAAGGGAAAGUUAAUAUCAGAGUGGAAUCUCCCAGAGCUCAGAGUUGGGAUAGUGGGCAAGCAAAUUUCAUCCUGUACAAGAGGGGGAAUGGGGAGAUGCAGGAAUGUUGUCAUUCCCAGCAGGACAGGAGCCCUUCAUGAAUGAAGCUGUUGCUGUGCACGGAGCCUGGCUCAAAAGCAAAAUGUGGCCAAAAGGAUGAGAAAUCUCUUCACUGAAAGUCUUUUGUGGUUUGGGGAUGAUGUUUCCCAGUAUACUGGGAGUGCUUAAGGUUCACUGGUCUAGUGAGUGGCAUCCUCACUCUUGCCAGGAGCUGGAACUUCAUGAUCUGUAAUUCCUUUCCAACCUAAAGCAAACUGUGAUUUUAUGCACCUGAAAAGAUGAUUUUGAGUCUUAGAAAAAUAUUAUAAAUUCCUGAGGGGGACAAGGUGGCAUUGAGGAAUCCUUCAUUAGCUGAAAAGGUGUUAAUGACAGAUGUGGAUGGUUCAGCUGGUGUGUCCCAAAUAGCUCCAGGUUCCAUCAGCACUGACAAACCCAGUGGUUCCUGUGAGCAGAGCUUUGUCACCCUCCCUUUGCCUGCAGAAUGUCACUGCAGGUCAGUGCUUGUGUGCUCUGUGCCAUCCUGUCAUCAGCCUCUUGUGUCCCCACAGCUCUUUGUGCCACUCCAGUGUCCUCUGGGGUGCCAGGGUAAACCUUUUGAUGUCACUUGUGUGCCAUUUGUCACCUGAAAGCACCAGCCUGCAGCUCCCAGCCCAUUUCCUGCCUCUCCACUGCUCUGUCAUUCACCUUGGCUAAGAGCCAGCAAUCCAAAGCAGAGAGAAAAAGCCCUUGGUUCAAACUUAGUCACCAAAAUGAAUGUAAAAACUUCAGUUUUUGUGGGAUGGAGUUACACUGGGAAUGGGAAUAGCCUCAGUACAAGCUGCUGUCUUAACAGUGACCAGAAAUAAAACUUCAGCCUUGGAAUCAUUAAAUUUUUCUGCUUUAUCUUUCUCCCUCCUCCGUUUUCCAUAGAUACAGGGGUUAUAUGGGUGGAUUAACUUCAGCUCAGCUCACAGUGCAGAGAUGUUCAUUCCAUAAGUCCUGCUCUAAUUGGCAGCCCAGCACAUGAAAUAUUUUGUCAAAAAGGGACACAAGACUUUAUGGGCUUCAGCAAAUCUCACUCAUAUCCUCAAGAAAUACCAGACAGCAUUGCAGA